GGGCGCUGCGGUCCAACAGAAGGGUGGACUGACUCCGCUGCUUUACCUGGAUGGUGGACGAAUCAACUUGCAGUUCUGCACAUUGAUGUCAAGAAAAUUUGAGUUGUAAAGAUGAGGCAUUUUGUAAAGGUAAUGAGAGAAGUAGGCUACCCUGCACAGGCCACUUUUGAGUCUUUUCUCGCCGGUUUAACCCACACCGCCCAGGUUGGGUGGUGUGUUUCAUGCCUGUGACUCAUGAAUGAGGCUGCCCUCCGGUAUCCCCUCCUUUCCUCUCCACAUCUGUGCCUUUCAGUUCCUUCUGUGAGGGCUCCUUGUCUCUCAGCGGAAUAUGAUUUGUUUCUAUGAAUAAACUUGGACUUUAUCAAAAAUGCUGCGGGUCAUUGUUGAGUCCGCCAGUGGGAUCCCCAAAAAGAAACUUGGAAACCCAGAUCCAAUAACUACGGUUGUCUUUAGAGGUGAAAAGAAGAAAACCAAAGCAAUUGAUAAUGAAUUGAAUCCUGUUUGGAAUGAAGUGCUUGAAUUUGAUCUGAAAGGCUCUUCCUUGGAUGCAUCCUCAUUCAUCAACGUGGUUGUGAAAGACUAUGAGACAAUCGGCAAAGAUAAAUUCAUUGGCUCGGCAAAAAUCUCUCUGAGAGACCUCGCCAGUGGUCAACUGAAAUCCCUCACAUCCAAGAAUGUGCCCUUGAUCAGUGAGAAACAACAGGCUGUUGGGGCAACCAUUAAUUUGCUUAUUGGGUAUGAGCCACCUGUCAGCACCACUCCAAACCUAAAUGAGCAGCCUGAUGGAGAUCUGUCUCAUGUGGAUGGUGGAGGCAGUGAUGAGGGUGAUGUGGGGGAGGCAGACAUGGAGGGAGGAGGUCAGGGUGGAAGUCCAGGAGCUCCCGCUACACCGAACGAGCCGAGGAAACCCAACCACAAACCAAUCCGUCUCAGCCGUAAGAGACACAGAGCCCUGGCCAAUAAGCCUCAGGACUUCCAGAUUCGUGUUCGGGUUAUCGAGGGUCGACAGCUGCCUGGCAACAACAUCAAGCCAGUGGUUAAGGUGAAUGCAUGCAGGCAGACCCACAGGACUAGAAUAAGAAGAGGAAAUAACCCGUUCUUUGAUGAGACGUUUUACUACAAUGUUAACAUGCUCCCCUCAGAACUGUUUGACGAGAGCAUUAGUCUCCGGGUUUAUGACUCCUACUCCCUCAGAGCUGACAGUCUAAUGGGAGAGUUCAAGUUGGAUGUUGGCUACAUUUAUGAUGAACCAGGUCAUGCCAUAAUGAGGAAAUGGCUCCUCCUGAGUGAUCCUGAAGACUCCAGCUCAGGGGCCAGAGGUUACCUCAAAGUCAGCAUAAUUGUUAUGGGCACUGGCGAUGAGCCACUGACUGAGAGGAGAGACGUAAGUGAGGAGCAGGAUGACAUAGAAAGCAAUCUUUUGGUGCCAGCUGGUAUCACAAUGCGAUGGGCCACUCUGAGCCUUAAAGUCUACCGUGCUGAGGAUAUGCCACAGAUGGAUGAUGCCUUUGUUCACACGGUAAAACAAGUCUUUGGAGGGGAUGGAGACCGGAAAAACUUGGUUGAUCCAUAUUUGGAAGUCAGCUUUGCUGGGAAGAAGCUGUGCACCAAAAUCAUUGAGAAAAAUGCUAAUCCAGAGUGGAAUCAACUCAUCAAUCUCCAAGUCAAGUUCCCGUCCAUGUGUGAACGCAUCAAGCUGACUAUGUAUGACUGGGAUCGACUAACGAGGGAUGAUGCCAUAGGAACAACGUUUCUGAAUCUGAGCAAAAUGUCUUCCUCUGGUGGAGAAGCUGAAGUGAGCAGUGCAGCAUCAGAGGUUGGUUUUCUUCCAGCUUUUGGGCCUUGCUAUGUCAACCUGUACGGUAGCCCAAGAGAAUUUACUGGCUUGCCCGACCCAUACGAAGAACUCAACUUUGGCAAGGGGGAAGGAGUUGCCUACAGGGGGAGGGUGCUUGUUGAGCUGUCCACUCAGCUGGAUGGAAAGACUGACAAAAACGUUGACGACAUCCCCAGUGAUGACAUCUUAGUGGCACAGAAAUACCAGCGGAGGAGGAAGUACUCUCUCUGCGCUGUGUUCCACAGUGCAUGCAUGCUCCAAGAGCCGGGCGAGCCAAUUCAGUUCGAGGUCAGCAUUGGUAACUAUGGUAACAAGCUGGACUCCACCUGCAAGCCACUGGCGUCCACCACCCAGUACAGCUUUGCCGUGUUUGAUGGUAAUCACUACUAUUACCUGCCCUGGGCUGACAGCAAGCCUGUAGUGAUCCUCACUUCUUACUGGGAAGACAUCAGCCACCGCCUGGACUCUGUCAAUGUUCUCCUUUCCAUUGCUGAGAGACUGGAGUCCCACCUCACUUCUUUAAAAACAGCCAUCUUAGCCAAGGUGUCUGAGACACGUCUGGCAGAGAUUUGGCUCAAACUCAUCGACCACAUGAUUGAGGAUCUUAACAACUUCCAGCUUCCAGUGCUGGAGGGCCAGGCCAACGUGACUGCGCUAGACCUCCAAAUGAAAAGCCUGCGAGAUGCCACCGUAGACAGUAUCAGACAGAUGGCCAGUCGCAUGAGAGAAGAGGCCACAGAUGUUAAGGCUACUGUCGGUGACAUUGAAGACUGGUUGGACAGAAUCAAGCAGCUGGCAGAAGAGCCUCAGAACAGCAUGCCAGAUGUGAUCAUCUGGAUGUUGAGAAGAGAGAAGCGGGUGGCUUUUGCCCGAGUCCCAGCCAACCAGAUCCUGUACUCCGACUUCAGUGAACAGGCCUAUGGCAAACACUGCGGAAGGACCCAGACCAUCUUCAUGCAGUACCCAAUGGACAAAGACAAAGGUGUGAAGAUCCCUGUCCAGCUGCGGGUCAACAUGUGGUUUGGUCUCUCUGCCCAUGAGAAGAAGUUCAACAGCUUUUCACAGGGGAACUUCAGCGUAUAUGCUGAAAUGUAUGAGAACCAGGCUCAGGUGUUUGGGAAGUGGGGAACCACCGGACUGGUCGGUCGCCAUAAGUUCUCAGAUGUGACUGGAAAGGUGAAACUCAAACAAGAACGCUUUCUGCCACCACGUGGAUGGGAAUGGGAGGGAGACUGGUUUGUUGACCCUGAGCGAUGCCUGUUAACCGAAGCAGAUGCGGGCCACACAGAGUUCACGGAUGAAGUUUUUCAGAAUGAAACACGUUUUCCCGGUGGGGAGUGGAAACCUGCUGCAGAGCCCUACACAGAUGUGAAUGGAGAAAAGGCUCAGAGCCCAGCAGAGUUUGAGUGUCCGCAUGGAUGGAACUGGGAGGAUGAGUGGAGCUUUGACAGCAACAAAGCUGUAGAUGAGAGAGGUUGGGAAUACGGGGUUACCAUUCCCCCUGAUGAUAAGCCCAAAUCCUGGGUUGCAGCAGAGAAGAUGUACCAUGUCCAUCGCAGGAAGAGACUCAUAAGGCAGAGGAGGAAGAUAUCUGAUAAAGUGGCUGUCGCUGCGCGACGAGAACCAGGGGAAGGCUGGGAAUACUCUUCCCUGAUUGGCUGGAAAUUCCACAGGAAGGAGCGCUCCUCUGACACGUUCCGCCGCCGUUGCUGGAGGAGAAAGAUGGUCCCAUCAGACUGCAUAGGGCCCUCUGCCAUCUUCAGACUGGAAGGGGCAUUAGGUGUUGAUGUUGACGAGAAAGCCAGUAAAACGGAUGCAGCCAAACUAUUUGGUGCCAACACACCCACUGUUUCCUGCCACUUCAGCCGAUCUCACAUUUACCACCUGAGGGUGUAUGUGUAUCAGGCGAGGAAUCUCUGUGCCAUGGACAAAGACAGCUUCUCAGAUCCCUACGCUCAUGUGUCAUUCCUAUAUGUGAGUAAGACGACAGAAGUCAUAAGGGCCACUCUGAACCCCACAUGGGAUCAGACUCUCAUCUUUGAGGACAUUGAAAUCUACGGAGACCCACAGACAGUUGCCCACAACCCUCCUGAUGUGGUGUUGGAGCUGUACGACAGCGAUCAAGUGGGUAAAGAUGAGCCCAUGGGUCGUUGUACAUGCCCCCCUGUGGUAAAACUGAACCCCAGUGUGGCUGUCACCCCUAAGCUACUGUGGUUCCCAGUCACCAAAAAGGGUCGCAAUGUUGGGGAGGUACUGCUUGCUGCUGAGCUCCUACUGAAGGACAAGGCUAAUGAUGGAGAUCUGCCCUUGGUCCCUCCUCGGCGGGGGGAGACGCUCUACAUGGUUCCCCAGGGAAUCAGGCCUGUAGUGCAGCUCACUGCGAUCGAGGUCUUGACCUGGGGUUUGAGGAACAUGAAGACCUACCAGUUGGCCACAGUUUCCUCCCCUAGUUUGAUAGUGGAAUGUGGUGGUGAGAUUGUUCACACUGCUGUAAUCAAGAACUUCAAAAAGAACCCAAACUUCCCUGGAUCUGUGCUGCUACUCAAAGUGCUUCUUCCCAAAGAUGAGAUGUACACCCCUCCCAUUGUGCUGAAAGUAAUCGACCACCGACCCUUCGGUAGGAAACCAGUUGUGGGUCAGUGCACCAUUGACUGCCUGGACAAGUUCCGCUGUGACCCGUAUCGCAUCAACAGUGAAGUCUGCAUGUCUGCUAGAGUGGCAAUGAUAGCUGCCUCCCAUGGAGAUGUUGUCAUAAACAUGGAGGAGAGACCCUUAAUAAAAACUGAGCAUGAAGCAGAAAAGGAGGAGGAGGCAGUAGACUGGUGGAGCAAGUUCUAUGCCUCUGUUGGAGAGCAGGAAAAGUGCAGACCCUACUUGAAAAAGGGAUAUGACAAAUUACAGGUAUAUAACUGUGACCUAGAAGAGGUUGCACAGUUCCAGGGACUCACUGAUUUCUGCAGCACUUUCAAACUUCAGCGCGGAAAAACCGAAGAUGAGGAAGAGGAUCCCUCGGUGGUGGGAGAGUUCAAGGGAUCAUUCAAGAUUUACCCAUUGCCUGAUGACCCAGGGGUGCCAGCUCCACCUCGCCAGUUCAGAGAGAUUCCUGAGAGCGGACCUCAGGAGUGCCUCGUCCGAAUAUAUGUUGUCCGAUGUAUUGACCUGCAGCCUAAGGAUACAAAUGGCAUGUGCGACCCAUACAUUAAGAUUGCAUUGGGGAGGAAAACAUUGGAUGACAGAGAUAACUACAAACCAAACACCCUUAAUCCAGAGUUUGGGAGGAUGUUUGAGCUGUCCUGCUUCCUGCCACAAGACAAAGACCUGAAGAUUGCUGUGUAUGACUAUGACUUACUAAGCAGAGAUGAAAAAGUGGGUGAGACAGUCAUUGAUUUGGAGAACAGACUCCUGUCUCGUUUCAGGUCCUGCUGUGGCCUGCCACAGACGUACUGUGUGUCAGGGAUCAAUCAGUGGCGAGACCAGCUGACGCCUUCUCAGGUCCUCCAGAAUGUGGCCAAAGUGAGGGGUGUUCCUCCUCCUCGCAUAGAGGGAGAUGGCAGCUCACUGUCCUUCUCAGGAAAACAAUACAACCUCCAAGAUUUUGAGGCAGACGCUGUCAUCCACCCGCACUUGGGCCCGGCUAGGGAGAGGCUGGCUCUGCAUGUCCUCAGAGAUCAGGACUUGGUACCAGAGCAUGUGGAGACCAGAACCUUGUGUAGCUCCCACCAACCCAACCUGUCCCAGGGACGAAUUCAAAUGUGGGUAGAUAUUUUCCCCAAGAGCCUCGGUUUGCCAGGGCCUCCAUGUGAUAUCACUCCACGCAAAGCCAAGAAGUACGCCUUGCGGGCCAUCAUUUGGAACACAACUGAUGUCAUUCUGGACGAAACAAGCAUCACUGGAGAAAGCAUGAGUGACAUCUAUGUUAAAGGAUGGAUGCCAGGAAUGGAGGAGGACAAGCAGAAGACUGAUGUCCACUACAGAUCCUUGGAUGGUGAUGGAAAUUUCAACUGGAGGUUCAUCUUUGGGUUUGACUAUCUGCCUGCCGAACAGCUGUGUGUCAUUUCGAGGAAAGAACACUUUUGGAAUCUGGACAAAACUGAAUUUAGGAUUCCUCCUAAACUGAUCAUCCAGAUAUGGGACAAUGACAAAUUCUCCCUGGAUGACUACUUAGGUUCAGUUGAACUAGACCUAGACAAUCUGAUCCCCCCUGCUAAGACCCCAGAGAAGUGUAGCCUGAAGAUGCUGCCAGGGACGGCAGGCUCAGCCUCCUCCAAAAAACCACUACCCAACUCACUCUUCUCCCAGAAGUCUGUACGAGGCUGGUGGCCAUGCGUGAUCGAGCAGGAUGGGAAACAUGUUCUUGGUGGGAAAGUAGAGAUGACCCUGGAAAUAGUGGAGGAGAAAGAGAUGGACCAGAGACCUGCAGGGAAAGGAAGAGAUGAGCCCAACAUGAAUCCCAAACUGGACCCACCCAACCGCCCUGACACGUCAUUCUUCUGGUUUACAAACCCUUGCAAGACCAUGAAAUUCAUAGUUUGGCGCAGAUUUAAAUGGAUUUUCAUUGGAGUGAUUCUUCUUCUGCUGGUGAUCUUGUUCCUCGGGAUCCUGUUCUACUCCCUACCUAAUUACAUCUCAAUGAAGAUUGUGAAGCCUUUCUCUUAAGGAGCUUUGCAGAGAAUUUUUCUACCUUCCUGCAGCCGAAUCUUCAGUACUCCUCACUGUUACUGUCCCUCAGAAAUAUGCAAUAACUUUCUCUCCUGAUUCCAUAACAGGCUGAUAUUCAUCAUUUCCUCUCACAUAAUCGGAGAUGUCUUUUUUUUUUUUGUACUCUAUCGCAUGUAUAGCAAGUAAUGUCUCUUAUGAUCAAAUUUAGAAAAAAAUUGCAAAUGUCAAGAUUCAGAUUCAUUAAUAAAGUUUUAUAUAAGAAAUUGUUAAUAUUUUGUUAGAUUUUGCACAAGUGUGAAACCAAUCUUACCACCAACAUUAAACUGACAUUAUCAACAAUAAAAAGUACUCCUUCUGUCCAUCUUAGCUGAAUGAACAUGAAAUGUGCCAUGAAAUUUUUUAUUAUUUUUUUUUAAAUUCACUUUAUACAAAAAUUCAAACAGGCACCACAUAACAUAUAAUUAGCUCAUUAUAAUACAAAUGAGUGAAAUAUCUGCAAGAAAUGAAGAUAAAAUCAAAUAAUAAAUUAAUAUAUUUAAGAGGAAAACAAAAUGAAAUACACAAAGAAUAAUGUCCUGUCAAGGCUGGUUUACCAACAUGGCUUAGCAGGAAACCACCAAGGGGCCCCAAAAAGCCCAGGUUUACACCACAACAUUUGGGUCAACCAAA